AGCCAGAAGGAGGGAAGUAAGCAGUAAAUCGCUGCAGCUCUCCCACGUUCAUCUCCAAACAACCAUAAAAUAAGCAUCCCAGAUCAAAUUCUGGAACAGUGGAACCAGGAGAAAGACAGGCUGGAGCUGUCUUUUAGCCCAGGAAACCCGGAGGAUUGGCAAGAAAAGUCCAUCUCACUCAGGCAACGGAUAAUCUGAAAUCAUGGCAGAGAAACCCAGACUCUAUUACUUUAAUGGAAGAGGCCUGAUGGAGUCCAUUCGAUGGCUCCUAGCAGCGGCCGGAGUUGAGUUUGAAGAAGUGUUUUUGGAAACAAGAGAACAAUUUUUGAAGUUACUGGAGGAUGGAUCUCUGCUCUUUCAACAAGUGCCUUUGGUUGAAAUUGAUGGAAUGAAACUCACCCAAAGUCGAGCCAUUCUUAGCUACCUGGCUGCUAAAUACAACCUGUAUGGGAAGGACCUGAAAGAAACAGCAUUGAUUAACAUGUAUACAAAUGGCAUCUCAGACCUGAUGGUUUUGAUUAUGGCGCAUUUUUUCAAGCCACCUGAAGAAAAGGAGAAGGAGAUUAAAUUUAUCCUGGAGAAAGCCAAAAAUCGAUAUUUCCCUGUCUUUGAAAAGGUUUUGAAAAACCCUGGACAGGAUUAUCUGGUUGGCAACAAAUUUAGUUGGGCCGACAUUCACCUGCUGGAAGUUGUUUUGAUGGUAGAAGAAUUAUGUGCUACUGCGCUCUCUGAGUUUCCACUGCUACAGGCAUUUAAAACAAGAAUCAGCAACAUCCCUACAAUUAAGAAAUUCCUUCAGCCUGGUAGUCAGAGGAAACCCCCACCAGAUGACCACUAUGUGACUACUGUGAGGAAGAUUCUACAGUUUUAAUGGCCAAGGGUAGGCCAAUUAGGGAAUGGAAAGAGAUUCAGCUCAUGAAUCAGAAGAUGUGGAUUCAAAUCCUCCCUCUGAUGCUUGCAACUUGUCCCUGGCCUUCACUUUCCUCAUCUGUAAAAUGAAGGGCAUGGAUUAUGGUCCCUUUGAGCUCUAUAUCAAUGACUAUGAAAUAAAGAGUAUAAAGAUUUUAGCCAUAUUAUCAUUAAUAGCACAGGGUCAACGUCAUAGUGAAUAGCUGAAGCCUAUCUCUAGAUACUAAAAAUAAAAUGUUAGAAGAGUACAAAACUAAUGAUGCCAACAAAUGCAAAGCUGAUUAAAUUAAUAAUAUCUUUGUGGUGUA